CUAUUUCCGCCAGGCCUUCAAAUAGGAAUAGUCAGAGAUUCAAAUUCCCCGAAACAUUCUCUCUACAUACAUUUCGAUUCUUCUACGAAGCUUUCGAGAAGGUAAAAAAUCUUCUCUCCUUUCGUUCUUUCCAUUUAAAUUCUUUUCCAUCCGGUAAUUACACCCUAGAUCUACGUUGAUUUCCGAAGCUGGUUAUAUAUAUAGUUGGCAGCGAUCUGAGUCUGAGGUGAAGCAGAGAUGGGGCUGGCAUUUGGAAAGCUGUUUAGCAGGCUUUUUGCCAAGAAAGAGAUGCGGAUUCUGAUGGUAGGUCUUGAUGCUGCUGGUAAAACUACCAUAUUAUACAAACUCAAGCUUGGAGAAAUUGUCACUACAAUCCCUACCAUUGGAUUUAAUGUUGAGACAGUGGAGUACAAGAAUAUUAGCUUCACUGUCUGGGAUGUUGGUGGCCAAGACAAGAUCCGUCCCUUGUGGAGGCACUACUUCCAAAAUACACAGGGUCUUAUUUUUGUUGUUGAUAGCAACGACAGGGAUCGAGUUGUUGAAGCAAGAGAUGAACUGCACAGAAUGUUGAAUGAGGAUGAAUUGAGGGAUGCUGUCUUGCUUGUAUUUGCUAAUAAGCAAGAUCUGCCUAAUGCAAUGAAUGCUGCAGAAAUUACUGACAAACUUGGCCUCCACUCUCUUCGUCAACGUCAUUGGUACAUCCAGAGCACGUGUGCAACCUCUGGGGAGGGCCUUUACGAAGGGUUGGAAUGGCUUUCGAGCAACAUCGCUAGCAAGGCAUGAAGCAGUGAAGGAUUUAUUAUUGCUGGUUAGAUUUUUGCUUGGAACAGGGACACGGUACUCUUUUAUGGAAUUGGCUAUAUCAAAGAGACCUUAUGAUUUUCACUUUCAGUUUGUUGUAGUAAAAUUUUUUUAAUUUUACAAUUGCAGCUAUUUGUCUUCCUUAUUUUCAGCAACAUAUUUAGCUAUAUGCCUUGUGGUUAAUGUUCUUUCCUAAUUCUGAUGUUGAGAUA